CUGUUGACGUCGGUACGGGGCCCCAGCCUUGUGCGUGGAGAGGCAGAAACCGCAGAUGGACUUCGCAUUAUUGCUUCCACAACUUACCUACCUUAGGUAAUUGUCAUGAUCAACGACUGACAGAAAGGUCAAAAGACUGCCCCUCAUUCGCCUCCUUCUUGUCCAGGCUGGCAGCGUCAAACAAAGAACAUCCCCCGUCAACAUGCCGGCUUCCGUGGCCGUCGAGCCGGCAGCCGUCCUCAACGGCGUGGCAAACACCGAAGUAGAAGCAGAUGGCACCAUCGCGACGCGGGCUCAUUAUUCCCCGCCCUGGGCCGAUGUCAGUAUUAUUGGUAUCGCCGGCAGUUCUGGCUCGGGCAAGUCGACGUUGUCCCACGCCAUCGUGAACAAGCUCAACCUGCCGUGGGUUGUCAUCCUGUCCAUUGACUCUUUUUACAAGAGUUUGGAUCCAGAGUCCUCGAGGAGGGCGUUUCGGAAUGAAUACGACUUUGACUCGCCAGACGCCCUAGACUUCGAUGUCCUGGUAGAACGGCUACGUGAUCUCAAGGCCGGGAAACGUGCUGAGAUUCCCGUAUAUUCGUUUGAGAAGCAUGCCCGCCUGGACCGGACAACGUCGAUUUACUCGCCGCACGUCCUUAUCCUCGAGGGUAUCUUUGCUCUUUAUGACCCCAGGGUCCUGGAGUUGUUGGACAUGAAGAUAUUCUGCGAAGCGGAUGCAGAUACCUGCCUUUCAAGAAGGAUACUGCGCGAUCAGAGGGAUCGUGGGCGAGAUAUUGAGGGCAUCCUAAAGCAAUGGUUUACCUUUGUCAAGCCGAACUUUGAGAAGUACGUCAACCCUCAACGAAACGUCGCCGACAUCAUCGUGCCUCGAGGCGUUGAGAACCACGUCGCCAUGUCCAUGGUGGUCCAGUUCAUCCAGCAAAAGCUGCUCGAGAAGUCAACCCAUCACCGCGCCGCACUUACCCAGUUAGAGAUUGGAGCUCAAUCGGAGCCGCUGUCGGACAAAGUGAUUGUGAUGAACCAAACGUCCCAGCUGCGCGGCAUGAACACCAUCAUCCACAACAUCGACACCUCCAGCGAGGACUUUAUCUUUUACUUUGACCGCCUCAGUGCCCUGCUCGUGGAGCAGGCGCUCAACAAAAUCCCCUUCACCUCCUCCGCCAUCCCGACCCCGCACGGCCAAACCUACCCGGGCCUGCGCCCAAAAGGCGAAGUCUCAGCCGUCAUCGUCCUCCGCGGCGGCGCCGCCCUGGAAGCGGGCCUCCACCGGUGCAUCACCGACUGCAAGACGGGCCGCGUCCUCAUCCAGAGCAACGUGCGCACGGGCGAGCCCGAGCUGCACUACCUCGUGCUUCCCGACGACAUCGCCUGGCACGAGGCGGUGCUGCUGCUUGACGCGCAGAUGAGCAGCGGUGGGUCGGCGCUCAUGGCGGUGCAGGUGCUUGUGGACCACGGCGUCAGGGCCGAGAGGAUCGUUUUGGUGACGUAUAGUGCGGGCAGGAUGGGACUGCACCGGUUGACCAAGGUGUUUCCUGAAAUUACGGUUGUGGUGGGGCACGUGGUGCAGGAUAUUGAGGAGCGGUGGGUUGAGAGGAGGUAUUUUCGGUGUUAAGGGUGGUUAGUACUCAGUAUGAUUACCUUGUGGGAUGGCUAUGAAGUCAGGACGAUGGCUUGGAGGAGGAGGCGGUUUUGCAUGGCCUGGCGUAUUCAUCUCCAUGUGCACUGGAGAUAUUCCGAAGCCAUCUGACCAGGGUUGGAGUCUUUGCGGGCGAGUCAUUAUUGACGUUUGCUUGUGAAGUUGCAUCAACCUAUUUCUGGUUGCCAGCUCCAACCAAGAACAUGGAAGCGGCACGGCUGUCCCGGAUCAUGUCUUGUUGAUCGUACCCCUGGCGGCCUCGUAAAUUACGACACAGUGUGGAUAAUGCGACAGAUUUCA